GGAAGUUUCAUUUCCAAAAUAAAAAAAGAACGAAAUCAGAGAAGUCUGCGAGCUAAGCGUGCAGAAGAUCUUGAGCUCCAUUCCCUCUAGCCAUGUCUUCUGGAUUCAUCCCCUCGCCGAACCGACCACCUCCUUCGAGCGCGCCCACCUGCUCGCCCUCUGAGCGGCCUGGCGACCACAACCUUGACAGCUGGAGGGCUGGCGAAGCGAGAUCGCUGGGCGAGAGUCUGUCCUUCCCGUGUGCCGCCUGUGGCAAGAAGCCCGAAGACGUGCCCGAUGGCGUAGGCGUCUUUCCGAAGUGCAAUCGGUGCAAGCUCGUCAGCUACUGCGGUACGAUGGAUGUGACAACCAUUGACGCAUGCAUGACCGCAUGUGUAUUGUUAUAUUUUGUCUGUGUGACUUACUUAGGGACUGAAUGCCAGCGGAGUGACUGGCCGUCGCACAAAGACAAGUGCAAGAUGGGCAAGGAGGAGAUGGCCCGUACCGUGGCAGGCUCGUAUGAGUACGUGCUUCGAUGGAGUCAUGGCCACAUGGAUUGGCUGCCCUUCUUUGAGCACAUGCGGCGGCGUCAGGGGUUCAUCCUCGGCGACAUCUGCACCUUUCCAACACCACCAAGCUGA